AUGUCCUACUACUUUGUCAUCAUAUCCCCAACCGACACACCACUGUUUGAAUUGACGUUCGGCACGUCCAAGGGUGGAGGUGACGGGGUCGCGAGGUUCCGCAAUGGAGAGACAUCUCGUUAUAUGAACCAAUUCAUCGUUCAUGCAGCCUUGGAUGUGGUGGAAGAAGUUCAAUGGCUCAGUCCCAACAUGUGGCUCAAAGUGAUCGACAACUAUGCACCCACAAACUCACACAUUAGUUGCUUCAUUACUGGAACCAAUGUACGAUUCAUGUUGCUUCAUCAGCCUACCACUAUGACCAAUGCUUCCGCUGGGAGCCGCACUUCGACCAUCUCAUCAACAUCAAUCCCACAAAAUCCGACCAGCCCCCAGACAGAAGAAGCCAUUCGCCAAUUUAUGAAUGAGAUCUUUGAGUCAUGGGUUAAAACUUUGAUGAAUCCCUUCUACACCGUUGGUGACUCGAUCAAAAGUCCCGUUUUCAGGCAACGAGUCACUGCAGCAGGCCGAAAGUGGCUGUGA